GAUACAGCUGCUUGGUCUGGUCUGUGAAUACAAUUCUUACCCAACAAAAACAUCUGUAACCCUUGAAUACAACCACCUUGAAUUUCCUGCGCUCACAUUUUGCAACAUGAAUCCUAUGAAACAGAGUAACAUAGAUAACUUUACUAAUAUCAGCUACGUAAAUACAAUGACUGGACAGGCGAUUAGGUCUGAGGUACUUGCAAACAUACCAGAAAUAAGUUUAGAUGAGAGAGCAGCAAAAGAGUACAAUGAUACAAGAGACAGAUUUGAUAACUGGACAACAAGAUUUUUAACAGAAUUUGGAAAACUAACAGACGAGGAAAGAUUAGCUGUUGGCCACCAAAAAGAAGAAUUUAUUCACAGUGCUACAUUCUCGGGCUACCGGAUACCAAUAGAUAGAUUUAAGACAAUUCAAUCACAUGUUUAUGGAAACUGCUUUACGUUGGAUCACGACGAUAUUGUAGCUCGACGAAGCGGCCGGAAGAACAGCUUAUACAUAGUUCUCAAUCUGGAAACAAAGGAGUAUCUUGAAUAUUAUACAUCUUCUUACGGUGUCCGAAUGGUGAUACAUGAAAAAGGUACCAAUCCACUUCCAGAACAAGAAGGCGUUACACUUAACCCUAUGACUGAAGCUCAUGUUGGCUUACGCAUGCACACAAUCACUAGGCUAGGAGGGAAAUACGGGGAAUGUAUAGACGGGCGUGAAUUCCUUGAAAAAAUUAAAAUGAAUUACACUAUUCCUUUGUGUUAUUCCUUUUGUGAAUUAGAACAGACAAGACUUGCAUGCAGGUGCAUCCUGAGCUCUUCCCUUGUUAUGAAUGAAACAUCAAAAGAACGCAUUUGUGAUUUCGAAAAUGAUGAGCAAUGCAUUGAAAAUGUAGCUCAAAAGAUUCGUAAAAAAGAGAUUAAAUGCGGUUGUGUAAGUCCUUGCAUGCAAACUGUUUACACAUCAACGUUGUCAAGUCGUGCAUGGCCUCAUAAACAUUAUCUGAAAAAUGUACUUUUAAAAGAUGUUUGUAAACGAAAUCCUAACAGUUUGAGACAUGUCGGAGGAGCUUCCCGUCCAGCUUGCGAUAUGAUUAUAAGUCAACUUACAAAGUCAGAACUGGAAACUAUUUCCGGUAAUUUUAUAGCCGUUUAUAUCUAUUUCAAAGACUUGAACUACGAGGUGAUUUCGGAGGAGGCUUUGUAUAAUACAGUAAGGUUUCUGUCCGAUAUUGGCGGUGCUUUGGGACUUUUUGUGGGAGCAUCAAUGCUUACUUGUGUAGAAAUUCUCGAAAUUGUACUUAAUAUUUUGCUUUUGGUUAGAUGCAAAAGACAACAAAAUGAAGACUAAAACAUUCAUAAAAACCAAGCCCUCUUGUGAUAUUUUGAAGGUAGAAUAAACUUAUGAUCCUAGUACUUCGAAUAACAAGAGAAAGGACAUAACUUCUCUUCUCUUAUUCCAAGAAAUAUUGAUAUAAUAUUGAUCCUAGUGUUUGGUUGCAAUGUAUACAAUUCAGUAUAUAGUGUUACCGCUUAUUGUAAGCUUUGUUACUGGUAAUGGACAAGAUAUUAUAUUUCCAUAAAUGUUUUAUAUCAUUUUUGAAAAGUAUGAGAAAAAAGACUUUAGCGGAUGAAUUUCUUAAGAGGUAUACGUUAUAAAAAGGAAAAUAAUAUGUCUAAUGCAUUUAUUCGUUAAUAUCGUAUUACUUUGUUAAGUUAUUUCAAUAGCAUCCCCUGACCUGGUUUUAAGACAACAUUUAAAUGAACUGACUUCUUGUGUGUUUCAGAAUAUCCUACCUUAAUACUGAUAAACAGUGUAUAACAAUAAUUUUUAGAAAAGAUUGUCUUUGAUUUAUCAAGAAUAUUCUUUUUAUUCUAAGAAUAUAAUAUUUUGAAACAUUAUUUGAAGGAUUUGUCUUAAACCGUAGAUUUAAAAAGCUGUCUAACAUUUUCUGAACAUAUUAAAGUUACUUUUUAAUUGUUGUGAAAUAUUGUGGAAUUUAUUAUGAUUGGAUUUAAAUUUGUCCUGGACAGGAUUUAGAUCAUUUUGUACAUAUAAGAUUAGACUUAAUGGCGCUUGGACAUUUUUUAAGGUAUUUGUAUUUUUACUUAAAUCCCUGAAUAAAAUUUUGUUUUGUUAAUAGUUGUUGAUUGGUAUUUCUGUAACUUUUCUUUACUGUAACAAGAAAUUGUUACCCUCUUACGUAUGAAUAUGUACACACAUAAAUAUUUGAACUGUCAAACUGCACAAAAAGAGUGUUAAUUAACAAACAUGGCUUGUUGUAAUAAUUCAUUUGCGUUUCUCAUAUUCAUUUGAACGUAUAUUUGUCUGCACUGAAAGCUAAUACAAAUUAAGAUUAAAUGGACAGUGUUUGACGAAUUUCAAUUAUGCAUUUCGAUGAAUAUUCAACUGGAGAACAUUAGAGCUUUAUCUUUCA